GUUUGUCGUUCAUAUUAGCUGCAUGUUGUUUGCAUCGAAUUGGCUGCUGGUUACAUUGAACACACAAUAUUAGCACUCUUCUUGUGUGUGAAACAGUCAAAGUAGCUUACCACCUUUGGAUAUUUACUAAGGAAUUGUUUUGUUCAAAAAAAGUGAAAACUGUUACGAAAGAUACGCCGGUCGAUUUAUUUUGAUCGUUGGCCAAAUUGAAUCGAUAAUCGGGACCGCGGAAAAAAAAUUCGAUGGAUUUGUUUAGGAAUCGACGAAAAAAUUAUAUAUUGAAUUUGGCGUUUUAGGUCGUGUAUAUGUUGAUAUUUAUCCGCCAUUAAACUGAUUUGGUUCAAUCGGUUCAGUGAUUUACUGAACCUGAUUUUUUUUACUGUUUUGCAAGACAAAAAAUCGAAAUUUGGCAAAAACUUCAAUAAAAAAAAAUUCUGAGGUGCUAAAAUAAUUUCGGCGUUAGAUUAAAAAAAAAAUCCACGAAGCAAAGGGAAAAAAACACUUGAGCGAAAAUGUCGCGAUCAGUACGUGCGGAAACCAGAAGCCGAGCCAAAGAUGAUAUUAAGAGAGUUAUGCAAGCUGUUGACAAAGUCCGGCAUUGGGAGAAAAAGUGGGUGACAAUCGGAGAUACGACAAUGAAAAUCUACAAAUGGGUGCCAAUAAACAAUAGUGAACAAAAGAAGAAGCAUCUCAAAAACACUGGAACCAUUCUAACGAAUGACAACAAAGAAAACAGCAGCAAAUCAUCACCUGCACUUGAGUUGAAUGGUGGCAGUGGCGGCGGCGGUGGCAGUACGCAUGCAACACAAAAUUUCGGUCUAUCGGCUGAUGAUUCAAAUACAUGUUUCUCAAUUGUCAGUGAUUCACAGGGCGGCACAGAGUUUGUGUCGUCCGGGCCGCCAUUUUCAGAGGACUCCAAUUCGCAGGGGAGCGAUGGUCCAACGCCAGCCAAACGACUGCUCACCAAAUAAAACGAAAUCAUCUCAAUCAUCGAUUCAUUACUAUUUAUUUCUUAAUUGUACAUUUCAAAGUACCCGCCCGUUUGCGCUAGCGUUAUUUUUCAACGCCAUCAAGAGGGUGAUUGAUGGGGAUUGAUUGAAUCGACACAAUAUUUUCGCAGAAGCUACCAUUUACAUUUCUAUACUCUAUAACAACAACAACAACAACAAACAAAAAUGAAUGAAUUAAGCGAAAACUACAAACUACCCUUAAUUUAUAGUUAUUAUUUUUUUCUCUUUCGUUUCUCAUAUAAGCAAGAAAUGUAUAUAUAAGAAGAUUUUACGAGUAACAUUUUAAUUUAGUUACUUUCUUUUUGUGCGAAUGAGAGAAUAGCAAUCAUUUUUUUUAGAGACAAGCAAACGUAAAAAAUAAUAAAACAAAAAUGCUGAUUUCAUGCAAAAAGAAUUCAUUUAAUAAAUAAAUUUUGACUGAAACAUCUCUGAA